AUGACACCGGCAGGAUCUCCUCUCAAAGAAGGCGGUGAGUCACGUGCAACCCCGAGGCACGGGCGGUCUGCGUCGUGGACAUGGAGCCCCGAUUGGAGCUCAGGCAAAGUGGCCGAGCGAGCGGCCGCCAUCGAACAUCGCAUCCGCCAGGCAGAGGCCCAGCCUGUUAGCCCCUGCAAGUCCAAAGUCUGCCCGGAUCUACACAAGGACGAGCGAUUGGGCAGAGAAGAUCUUUAUCCUGACAGCGACGAAGUCCUCAAAGCAGCGCAGCCAGAACCGCGGAGCGACAGGUUCCGGCUCGAGACUCCGGCUGAGCGGGAGAGGCUCCUCGCUCCGACUGUUGAUACUGGCACAUCUGAAUUACCGGUUCCCUCAAUCGGUCGAGAGGGUAUAGAAUCUAUACUGACACGGGCUGGUUUCGCCAUCAAAACCAGGCUAUAUUCCUUUAGGUCGAUCCCAUCCUUACGAUCUGCACCAUUGCAGAGCGCAUUGGUCCCGUCCGUCAGUCCGAAGAAAGCCACGCCCAUUCCUGCGCGAGGGGUUGAAUUAUCCGGUCUCAACGACGUUGCAGUUGCCAAUUCUGUCAAGGAGCCCAUAAAGUACUCCUCGCUCUAUCUACGUGCAAGAAACAGACUUUCGCCGAUACCAUACGGGCCUGAUAUCUCUAGUCCUUUCCAUUGCUCCGACAAUAUGGCGAAGAAUGAGGGAUCAGAAAAAGCAGUGGCCAUCCCACGGCUCGAGGAGCUUCUGCGUCACCCGGAAGAUCUGGACAAGAUCCCGGCUCUGAAAGCAGAGUAUACGCGCAAGAAAGCCGCCGUGGAUGCGCAGCUGAGAGAGGGUUUGAGAGACCAGCUUGAGAGGGUGCAACAGAGUCUCGCCAUUCUUAGCGAGGGUCAGCGCCAGGUCUCGAAGACACGCGAUGAACUUCAGACAAUCGACAAGUUGUGUGCCGAAUCACAGACGAAUGUGGACGAUUUCGCUCAGAUUGAUAAGCUGGCCAGGAUCCAGCGGAAUUUCGAGGCGGUGAUCAUGAUGAAAAAGGGACUGGAGAGCUUUAGCGCUGAUGUGGCGCAGGCGGAGAGUCUGUUGAGAGAGGAUGACGAGGACCUCGAAAACCAACCAAACCUGCUUCGUGCACACAUGCUGAUUUCCCGCUUGAGGGAUUUCCGUGACGAGGCCUUGGAUCAGAUCCGGAAGGCUAAGGAUGCCAGCAGCGAAGCGACUCUGUUGGACUAUUUUCAGGGCCUCGAUUCAGUUAUCGACUGGUUCGACGAUCACCUCGGCACGGCAUGUAUGAACCUGAUCCCGCUCGUGCAGUCGGACAACCGCAGCAUGGUCGUACGGUUGGCAGUCGUCAUCUCAAGAGAAGAGAAAAACGACGAAACAGUCCGGGCAUUGCAGGAGGCGCAGAAGGACCAUGAAGAUCUGGCAAGUCGGUUUAAGUCGAUGAACAUUGGACCCAAGACCGUCAGAGGCUAUAAGGAGAAGUUUUUGCAAGCUAUAGAGCUCUAUGCGCAGAAUCAAUUUGAUGCGACCAAGGAAGAAUUCCUGAGCGACCCAGACAAGCUGGAGAAGAGUUUCAAAUGGUUUUUCAACGAUCUUUACACGGUUCAGCAGGGCAUGCAAUCGCUCAUGCCGAAGAAAUGGAAAAUUUACAAUACUUACACGAAAAUUUAUCACCGGAUGAUGCAUGACUUUCUUGUCGGCCUCAUUGAUGACCCAGAAUUGCCGUCGGACAAUCUGCUUGCCAUCAUUCAUUGGAGUGAGAAGUACUACAAGAAAAUGGCGAAGUUAGGCUGGAAGCAGUCGGACCUGGUCCCCAAUAUUCUCGAUGACCGUGAGCCUGAACUGAUCCGCCAAUGGCAAAAUGUCAUACUUAACGCAGUGGACGAAUGGAUGGAGCGGAUCUUUGCCACAGAGAAGAAGGCGCUUGUCGAGAGGACGCCGGACGCACUGGAAACCAAUGCGGAGGGAUACUUCCGCACCAAGACACUUGGAGACAUGUGGCGCAUGCUUCAUGAGCAGAUUCAAGCCGCGUCUGCGUCCGAACGCGCGGAUGUGAUUGAGGGUGUCAUCGACUCCAUGUUCCGUGCCUUGAAGGGCCGGCAAACUGCGUGGCAGACCUUGCUGGACGAAGAGUGUGCCAAAUACAAGACAGCGAGCCCUGACAAUGCGGAUGGCCUGCAGCAAUUGCAGGACUGGCUGAUCGCGGUCGCCAAUGACCAGAUUGCCUGCAUCGACGAUAACGAAGAAACGGGCCAGAUCGGCUAUCUAACGCGUUUCAAGCGCGACCUCGAGCCAUUGGUGACACCCAAGUACAUGGCUUCGAGGGCAACGCCGGAGCUGGAGGCCCUUCGUGAUGGCUAUGUCGACCUGAGCACGCACUGUUUGUCUCAAUUUGUCAACCUCAUCUUCACCGUCGACUUCCGUACCACGCUGCCCGACUUCUUCACGCAGAAAUGGUACGGCGAAUUUGCAAUCAAGCGGAUGACGUCGACGUUUGAAGAUUACAUGUCCGACUACAAUUCGGUCCUGCACCCAUCACUUAUUGAUAUUCUCGUGGAGGAGCUUUCAGACGUUUUACUCAUCCAGUACCUCUCUGCGGUCCGCAACCGGGGCGUCAAGUUCCGCCGUCAGGAUCCGUUCACCGAGAAAUUCAAGGACGAUGUCCUCACUGUGUUUAACUUCUUCCAGAAAUACCCGGAGUCGUUCGCGGCCACGAUCAAGCAGAAAUGGCGGCUGGUCGACUGGCUCGUUCGGCUGCUGGAGGCCGAGAAGGGCGCCGGCGUGGUUUCUGUCUACGAGGCCUUCAAGAACGAGUACUGGGAUCUCCACUUGUCAUGGGUAGAGGCCGUUCUGCGGACGCGAGACGACUUUGACCGGUCGAUGAUCAGUUCAAUCAAGGCCAAGGCCGCGGAGCUGAAUGUCGAGAGAGGUCUGGAGACGAUCAUGAGUAAAGUGAGGUAG